AUGGUACUAAGCGACAGGACGAUAAAGGAGGAACUGGAAAAAGGCCGCAUCGUGAUUGAGCCCCUUGAUCCUGCCGACAUCCAGCCCGCCAGCGUCGACCUUCGCCUUGACCGCAAGCUCUUGGUCUUUUCGAAUUCGAGACGUCCCCACAUAGAUGUCAAGAAGGGCCUUGACGACCUGACCGAGACCGUUGAAAUCGACGACGAGGCACCCUUUAUCCUCCACCCCGGCGAGUUCGUUGCUGGAUCACAAUGA